AUGAAACUCCCAACUUUCGCAGACCCUGAAUCACUCUCUCACGUUUACAAUUUACUUCAGAAUUCGUUUCAUCAAAUGAAUAAUCCAAACAAUAACAGCGCUGGUUCUACCAAUAUCAGAAAAAGACGCAGAAAAAAUGAAGGUGGUGGUGCUGAUGACGGUGAUGAAGAUGAUGAUAAAGGUUCAGUUUCAAUCAACAAUGGAGAAAACAAGAAGAAGAAAGAAGAAUUGAAAGGUAUUCUCACAUCAAUUCUCUUACUGGAUGAACAAGAGAAACAAGAGAUUGAUAACAGCAGAAGAGUCUCGGAGGAUGAGAAAUUCUCGUUAGAGACAAAUCACAAGAAGAAAACCAAAGCUAUGUCUGAGUAUUUCUCUAAUCUAGAUGAUUGUUUUAGCCAAGUUGAAGAAUCGGAGAGAGUCAAGAGGAAAACGACGCGAAACAUGUCGAAUUCUGUAGUUUUUGCUGCUGCAUGUAGUGAGAGUUUCGAAGAAGAGAGUAGCGAACGUGUUAACGAAACGAACGGUUCGAAAUCGGGUGGCUCGCAGAGAAGGCUUUGGGUGAAGGAUCGUUCGAAAGCAUGGUGGGAUGAAUGUAACAAGGAUGAUUUUCCUGAAGAUGAGUUUAAGAAAGCUUUCAGAAUGGGAAAAUCGACUUUCGAUUUGAUCUGCGAAGAAUUGAAUUCUGCGAUUGUGAAAGAAGACACAACUCUGAGGAAUGCGAUUCCGGUGAGACAAAGAGUAGCUGUUUGUCUAUGGAGAUUAGCAACAGGUGAUCCUCUUAGAAUUGUUUCGAAGCGAUUCGGUUUAGGUAUAUCCACUUGUCAUAAACUUGUUCUUGAAGUUUGCACUGCUAUUAAAACUGUUCUUAUGCCUAAGUAUCUGCAAUGGCCUAAUGAGGCUUCUUUGCGAAAAAUUAAAACCGAAUUCGAGGGAAUUUCGGGGAUUCCUAAUGUCGUAGGAUCGAUGUAUACUUCACAUGUUCCUAUCAUUGCUCCUAAGAUUAGUGUUGCUGCUUAUUUUAACAAGAGACACACCGAGAGGAAUCAGAAAACUUCGUAUUCGAUUACAGUUCAAGGCGUUGUUGAUACAAACGGCGUUUUCACCGAUGUAUGUAUCGGUUGGCCCGGUUCAAUGCCUGAUGAUCAAGUACUGGAAAAAUCAGCACUUUUUCAAAGGGCUAACAAUGGAGGACUUCUUAAAGGUAAUUGGAUUGUUGGAAGUUCAGGUUAUCCUCUAAUGGAUUGGAUUUUGGUGCCAUAUACUCAACAGAAUCUCACUUGGACACAACACGGUUUUAACGAGAAAAUCGGCGAGAUACAGAAAGUUUCUAAGGAUGCAUUUGCUAGAUUGAAAGGUAGGUGGAGUUGUUUACAGAAAAGGACUGAAGUUAAGCUUCAAGACUUGCCUGUUGUUCUUGGUGCUUGCUGUGUUCUGCAUAACAUCUGCGAGAUGAAAGGCGAGACAAUGGAUCCGGAACUUAAUGUCGAUGUUGUUGACGAUGAAAUGGUACCGGAAGUUGGUAUGAGAUCGGUUAGUUCGUUGAAAGCUCGAGAUGCUAUUGCGCAUAAUCUUCUGCAUCAUGGUUUAGCAGGAACUUCAUUUCUUUAA